AAAAAAAAAACGUCAAUUUGAAUAACACGUGCGAUUUGUUCUAUUCGCGUUAAUUUGGUUUAUUUAAAAUGCCUGUUAUGCAGAGAAUAAAAAAGCCAACUACACGUAAGGGUAAAAAGGUAUUAUUGUCCAAGGAGCCUAAGCCCAUUGAAGGACCAAAGCAAUGCAUAGUGAUGCAAGGUAGAAAUCCUUCAGAACGCACCAGAAAGAUCCUUAAGGAUAUUUACGAUUUGAAGAAACCCGACGCUGCAUAUCUUACUCGUAAAAACGACUUUGUGCCCUUUGAAGAUGCUUCACUUAUUGAGAAAAUGUGCAACAAAAAAGAUGCUGCCUUAUUUGGAGUGGGCUCACAUAGCAAGAAAAGACCACACAAUAUUGUAUUAGGCAGAACAUUUGAUUACAAUGUUUUGGAUAUGAUAGAGCUUGGAGCAGAAAACUUCAAAUCAAUGUCAGAAUUUCAGAAUAUGAAAAUAUUAACUGGCUUAAAACCGUGUCUUCUUUUUAAUGGACCGGCAUGGGAGUUAAAUGAAGACUUAAAAAGAUUGAAGUCACUUUUUACUGAUUUCUUUCAUCGAGAAAAGGUUGAGACUAUCAGGCUACAAGGUUUAGAACAUGCAUUAAGUUUUACAGCAACAGAUAAUAAUAUGAUUUAUGUCAGGUCAUAUAGAAUACAAUUGAAGAAGAGUGGCCAAAGGACACCUAGAGUUGAACUGGAAGAAAUUGGACCUUCAAUAGAUUUUAAACUUAGAAGAACCAAGUUAGCAGCAAACGACCUUUACAAAGAAGCAUGCAGAGUACCAAGAGAAGCCAAAUCAGGUGUCAAGAAGAACAUCUCAAGAGAUGCGUUUGGAUCUAAACUUGGCCGUAUCCAUAUGGGCAAACAAGAUAUCAAUAAGCUACAAACACGAAAGAUGAAGGGAUUAAAGAAAACACCUGAAGAACAAAAAGCAAUGCGAUUAAAGAAGAAAGCAAAAAAAGCAGCCAUUAAAAACACAGUGUCAAAAGACUAAUAAAUGGUAGCGUUUAAUGUGUUUUUGAUUUUUGGUUUUCAAAGAGAUGUGGUCUUUCUAUAUUUAUUGGCUAAGAUGUUUGGUGUAGUUCACUCAAUUAGAAGACAGUAUGGUAGAACCCAAUGACGUAUAAUAAUAUCAUAGGUAUAUAGGACCACAUUAU